GUGCACACAGCUCUCUCUUCCUGCAGCUCAGACAAGCGCGUGUCCUGGUUGCCGACACAAUGGCCCCACCACGGGUCAGGGCUCCGGCCGCAUGGACACAUCCUCUGCCUUUCCUGCUUCUCCCAGCAGGCCGUCUCUGCCACCUCCCCAUCAGCCCCGUGUUCUCUGGCUUGAGACCUCGGCAUGUUCUUCCUCCACCCUCCGUGCCCCAGCUGCUGAUUCUAAGCGGGAAAGGCCUCCUGCAUCUCGGCCUGCCUCCCUACUCCAUUGAGACCCUCAUCUGGCAUGGGAUUGGCCGCCCCGGAGCAUCUCUGGGCAGGAGACUGGGGAUCCAAGGCCUCCGGGGCCUGGCAAAACCGUCCACCCUGGCCUCUUUACAUUCCAAGCUGGAUAUUCUCCUGAUGUCUUCAGUUCUCGAGGCAAAACACAAAGUCAAUGCUAUGCAACAAAGGCCGGCUGUGGUUUCGACCCCGAUGUCUCACUGGCUUCAUCGCCCACUGCGGUCCUCACUUACUCCAUUGCGGGCACUCGGUUCUCCUCGCUGGGCCUCCUGCUCACACAGCACCAUCCUGCCUCAGGGGGCCUCCUGCUCUGCCUGGAGCCCGUUGACCUCUAAGUUCCCAUGCUGGUCCCUCAUUCAUGCAGCUCCCUGCUCAAUGUCACCUUAGUGGAGAGGCUUGCUCUGACCCCACUCUAAAACAACACCCUGUGUCUUUUUGAGAUCCCCGAGCCCCACUUAUCUUUCUUUGUAGCCCUUAUCACCACCUGACACCGUGUGUCUAUUGCCUGUCUUUCCCCGCCAGAAGCCAGAGUGUAAUCUCCAGAGUGUAAUCUCUAGAGUGUAAUCUCCAGAAGAGCAGGGACUUCAUUUUGAUCAUCGUUACUUCCUUGGCACCAAGAACAGUUCCAGGCGUGGGGCAGAUGCUCAAUAAA